AUGACUGAACGACGCCCAUCGGGGUUGGAAAGGAGCCCAACUGCGCCGCCGAUCCUCUCCAAUGGCCACUUUGCUUCGAUCGGUGCCGAAGGCGAUGCUGCCUUGUAUGAACACGGCGUGCAGGUGAUUGAUGAGAAUAAGGAGUUCAAGUACGGCAACCUCCCUUCACUAUGUCCUAACCUGUCCAAAUAUCUGUCCCUCGAGAAUGUUACGUCGGCUGGUUUCAACUACCAUCUCAUCUCCGUGUUUGGUUCGCAAUCCACCGGAAAGUCCACGCUGCUCAAUCAGUUGUUCGGGACCGAGUUCUCCGUGAUGUCGGAGCUGGAAAGAAGACAAACAACAAAGGGUAUCUGGAUGUCGAACAACAAGAAGCAAGGCGAACCUGGCGCGGCGGAGCGCAUGGCUGAUAACAUCUUGGUCAUGGACGUGGAGGGAACUGAUGGUCGCGAGAGAGGUGAAGAUCAGGACUUUGAGCGCAAGAGUGCGCUCUUUGCGCUUGCGACAAGUGAAGUCCUGAUUGUCAACAUCUGGGAACACCAGGUGGGGCUGUAUCAAGGAGCCAACAUGGGAUUGUUGAAGACCGUGUUCGAAGUUAACUUGCAGCUGUUCCUAAAGGAUAAACAUACUACCCAUCGUUCCCUCCUAUUCUUCGUCAUUCGUGAUUUCAUCGGUAACACACCACUCAAGAACCUGCAGAAGACCUUAUUGGAAGACCUCUCCCGUCUCUGGGAUACUAUAUCAAAACCUGCAGGCUUGGAAAAGUCGACCAUUCAUGACUACUUUGAUUUCCAAUUCUAUGGACUGCCGCAUAAGGGUUACCAGCCUGACCAGUUUGUGACAGAAGCAAAGAAGCUUGGCCUGCGUUUCCGGGAAGGUCACCGAGACCCAAAGAGGGAUGCACUCAAAGGCGAGUUUUCCGAAGGAGGGGUUUUCUUACCUGAGUACCAUCGUCGUAUCCCAGCAGACGGAUUCGCACAUUAUGCGGAGGGAAUUUGGGAUCAAAUUGUCAACAACAAAGACUUAGAUUUGCCCACACAGCAGGAGUUGCUCGCGCAAUUCCGUUGUGACGAAAUAUUACGCGAGGUAAUGACAGGCUUCGAUGAGGCGAUCGUCGGAUUUGAAGACAAACAGGCCGAAUCAGUGCGUCUAGGUGCACCUGAGGUCCUAGGGGGACUUGGUGCUGCCAUGCGUGCUGCGCGGGUCAAGACCCUCAAGAGCUUUGAGACAGAAGCCAGCCGAUACCACAAGGGUGUUUACCAACGGAAAAGCGCCGAGCUUCAAGGCAAGGUUGAUACACGCCUUAAGGCACUCUUCCACGGCCAGCUAUCCGCAGCUCACAAGUCUGGAAUCCAGGAUUUCAGUGAUUCGGUCACUGCUGCUGUGAAGGAUGGCCAGAAGAAGGGCGGUAGUUAUGACUUCGCCGAAAUCGUCACCAAGGAGGCCCAGUCUUCAUUGGAGAAGUUCGAGGAGGUCGCCCGCUCCACAUUGGUGGAUGGAGCUUCCUGGAGCAACUACAAGCAAGAGCUAUCUUUGUAUAAGAAAGACUUGGCUGAGGUCAGUGCCCGACUACGCCGUGAUGAAAUGAGACGACUGGCUACCCGCGUCGAGCGGUGGGUUCAAUCUCGUCUGGGUGAAUCUGUGGGGCUAGAGUUUAAUGCCCUCGGGUCUGGAAGAGCUGGCGGUGGUGCCCCUGAGAAUGGGGAAAAGCCUACGGAAAAGGACUUCUGGGAUCGGAUCUGGAACUUGUUUGAAGAUACUGUUCUUGACGCUGAGCGGAGAUUCACGGACCGUGCGAGCAGCUUCGAUGCUAGCAUUGAUGAAGUCGAUGUUGGUCUUUGGCGACUGCGCCGUAAAUCUUGGGGUGUUCUCCGUGCCAAAAUCGAAGAGGAGAUGAUUGAGGGAAAUUUGCUCCUUAAGCUUCGGGAGAACUUUGAGGAUAAGUUCCGCUAUGACGAAGCUGGUGUACCACGCAUCUGGCGCCCAACCGAUGACAUCGAGGGCAUUUACACCCGUGCUCGCGAAUCUACCUUGACGCUGAUUCCUCUUCUGUCUCGUUUCCGCCUGGAAAGGACUGGUGGUCCACCACCACUUGAUCGAUGGAUUGGACACACCCCAAGCACAGCAACACCUGCGGAUGAGGAGGAUCUGGCCCCCAUCGGGGGUGUGGACGAAGACGAGGGCAAGAGUUUGGAAGAAGAGAUGACAAUUCUUAGCGAUACCAAGCGCCAAGAGCUCACUGUACGAUUUAAGAAGACCGCCGACGGUGUCUACGUCGAGGCCAAGCGGAGUGCCAUUGGCGGUAUGACACAAGUCCCCUUGUAUUUCUACGGUUUGUUGCUGGCCCUAGGCUGGAACGAAAUCUGGGCUGUCCUGCGCAACCCCGCGUACUUUAUCCUGCUAUUUGUGUUUGCCAUUGGCGCAUAUAUUACUUAUCACCUUAAUCUGUGGGGUCCCAUGCUGAAGAUGACCGAGGCCGCCUCCCAGCAAGCUCUGGUAGAAGGCAAGCGCCGCCUGCGCGAGUUUCUCGAAUCCUCCGACACUGGACGCCAGGCGAUUGCUAUGUCGGCUGGGGAGCGAGCUGGCUCAGACCGAAAGGAAGAGUAUGAAAUGUCGAAUAUGCAGAAGGGUGGGUCGAACGCCAAUGACGACCUGGAUGAUAUGUAA